GUUGAAGCCACUCGACACCCUUUACGCCUGCUUCAACAGUGCAGUGCAUACCGUCCUCCGACUCUUGGAAUUCUCGUAACGCGUCGUCGCUGUCCCAACGCGCGGAUUUUUUCAAGUGGGUCACUCUAAAAAGGUGACCGACGAUCGAACCAUCGCCCAUCGCGCCUGUGCCGCCCAUCUCCACCAAAGCCGCGUGCCGCGACGCCGACGUCCUCGAACACCUCGCCGCCGCCGCCGCUCAACCACCUCCGAGACAUCUCUACACACACAUUCUUUAGCCAUCGACCCAUCGCAUCCCAAAGGCAGCAUUGCAUCGACCCACCUGUCUGCCUAGUAGCAGCAAAGGCGACAACAUUCAUCUUAUCGCCUCUCGUUACACGUCAACAACAACCUCCCCUUCCCUCCCUCCCCUCCCCCUUCCACCAAGCAAGCAGCUUGCAGUGGCCAGGUUCCUCAACGGCAACUAGGCCACGCAACUCUAUCGGCGCGUAACAUCAAAUGCUCCGCUCGACCGUCCGCUCGGUGCUUCUGGCGCUCUCGUCAUUCAGCGCCAGCAACCCCAUCGAGGUUGUGACCGCGACCUUCAUCGUCGUCACCCUUGCCUACUUUCAGCUCCUGCAGGCUAUCAAGGGCUCUGAAAUCUUCUCACUACCCGCCCCAGCACCACCCGCGCGACCCGUGCACUAUGUUCGUCUGGCAGAAGGUCUUGCCGGCGCCGAGGCUGCUGGCUCAGCCUACACUGCCCCUCAUGCUUCCUAUGCCCACUCUCCGAUCUUGAGCUCUGGCGCUGGCGAAUGGCUCCCUGUCCAGUCCUCCGACUUCCGCCGCGCACUCGAGGCCAACGCGCUCGAGGGCGGCUACGUCUGGCCAAAGGAGAGCGGCGGAAACAAGAAGGGCAAGGCCGCCGCCAUCGUCCUCAUCAAGCAGUUGACUGUCGUCCGCGAGGACAGGGACACGGACGACGCGGCCCGCGACGCCUGGCGCGACUGGGUCGUCGACGACGUCGGAGUGACUCUGCACGAGAAGACGUACACCUACUCCGACCUGUGCUUUGACUGUCAGCGCAGCGGCAAGCCCCAGCUCGAGGAGAACCCCGUCAACCCCAACCAGGCGGUCCUCACCCUCCUGCUCCGUGCCCCCGCUCCCGACACCCCGACCCUCACUUACCUUGCCCAGCUCGCCAAGCUCCCCAGCUUCUCGGCGCCAGGCAGCAAUGCCACCCUCCGUGUUCUGCCUCCCUCGUCGACCGGUCCCAGCUGGCAGCUCCUCCCCAACAUGGAGACGACGGGUCUGUACAACCUUGCCGAGGCCAAGGCCAACGCCGAGGACGAGCAGAACCCCGCAGUCCGCAAGGUCCGCUGGGUCGGCUACGCGCUGCGAUCUCUUUUCUUUCGCUUCUACACUCUUGCCAGGAACGCCGACUCGGCAGACGUCUUUGUUGUCCUGCUGGGCUACCUGCUCAUGCACGUCGCCUUUGUGCGCCUGUUCAUGAACAUGCGCAAGCUCGGCUCCAACUUUUGGCUUCCUUUCGCUACCCUGAUCUCUUCCACCUUUGCCUUCCUGAUCGCCCUCCUCCUCGCCUACCUCCUCAACGUUACAAUCGACCCCAUCGUCCUUUCCGAGGCGCUGCCGUUCCUGGUCCUCACUGUGGGCUUUGACAAGCCCUUCCGUCUCGCCAGCGCCGUGUUUGAGCACCCCGAUAUCUCGCCGGUGGCGGCGUCCCCGGACGUGACCCCGAUUGACGACGUGCCGGACGAGGGCGGACUCGGCCUCGACCUCGGCCUCCUCCACCGCGAGCUGGCUCCCCUCGAGCGUCUCCAGAAGCUGGCCGACGGCAAGGGUAUCCGCUGGGUCGCCCCAGUUGCCGCCCGUCAGAUUGUCACCGACGCUGUCGGCUCUGUUGGUGUUGGCAUCGUCCGCGACUACGCCCUUGAAAUCGCCGUCCUCGCCAUGGGUGCCGCCAGCGGCAUCGGCGGCCUCCGCGAGUUCUGCUACCUUGCUGCUCUUGCCCUUGCCGUCGACUGCGUCUUCCUCUUCACCUUCUACGUUGCCAUCCUUUCCGUCAUGGUCGAGGUCCACCGUAUCAAGCUUGUCCGCGGCAACCGCCGCGCCAAGGCUGCGCUUAAGCGCAGUGCUUCGUCAGGAUCGCUCCUUACCCCUCUGAACGGCGCCGCCGACUCGUCGCGCAACUCGCCCGCCAAGACUGGCUCGUUCUUCUCCAAGCAGGCCGAGGAGGUGCCCAAGGUUGAGGGCCAGUCAGGUGACACUGUGUGGCGCCUCAAGUUCUUUGUUCUCAUCUCGUUCCUCAUCCUGCACGUCCUCAACCUCUGCACGACCUUGACCGAGCAGACGGCCCUCAAGCGUCACGUCUCCCACUCGAUUCCAACUCCUCGUGUUGACUCGCGCACUGGCAACUUGUCGCCGAUCCUCGAGGCGCUGUACAACUCGCAGCCGCCCAACACGGACAUGAUCGUCCAGAUCCUCACGCCAACGCACGUUGUUCAGACCCAGGACGGUCGCUCCGCCUCGCGUAUCGAGUCCAUCGACAACUUCAUGUCCGAGUGGUCGACUCUUGUUGGUGACCCGGUGCUUUCCAAGUGGAUUGUUGUCGUUCUCUUCAUCAGCGUUCUGCUCAACGGCUACCUGCUCAAGGGUAUCGCGUCCAACUCGAUUGGUGGCCAGGGCCCCGUCGCUGCUGCCGCCCAGGCUCUCGUCGGCGUCUUUGAGGCUGUUGACCAGCCCCGUCGCCGCGCCCGCUCGCCCUCCACCAUUGAGAAGUACCGCGCUCAGCGUGCCGCCGACGCCCGCCAGCACAUUCCCAACGGCACGAGCGCGCACAAGUCUCGCGCUUCGGUCACGUCAGUUAACGGUGAUGGUGACAAGACACCCAAGCACGCUCAGUCGUCAAGCCACACCAACGGCUCGGCCAAGCCUAACGGCGUGGCCAACGGCUCCGCUACCAACGGCGUCACUGCUAUCCCCGUCCACGUUAUUCCUCCCUCGGCCCCUGUCGUCCCUGUUAUUGCCAAGCCCGUCCUCGACAAGCGCAACUCGCCCCCUUCGUCGCAGUCCCAGCUUGCGUUCAACAGCCGCCGCUCGCUCGAGGAGUGCAUCGAGGUCUUUGCUGGCGGCGUCGGUGUCACCAACCUGUCCGACGAGGAGGUCAUUCUUCUGGUUCAGAAGGGCAAGAUUGCUCCGUACUCGCUCGAGAAGACUCUCAAGGACAACGACCGAGCUGUUCGCGUUCGCCGCGCUGUCGUCUCUCGCGCCUCGCUCACUCAGACCCUCGAAUCUUCGCUCCUGCCCAUGAACGACUACGACUACCAGCAGAUCAUUGGCGCCUGCUGCGAGAACGUCAUUGGCUUCAUGCCCAUCCCUGUGGGUGUUGCCGGACCUCUCAACAUCGACGGCCAGCUCCUCCACAUCCCCAUGGCCACUACCGAGGGCACGCUCGUUGCCUCGACCUCGCGUGGUUGCAAGGCCCUUAACGCUGGCGGUGGUGUCUCGACUGUUCUCACCCAGGAUGCCAUGACCCGUGGUCCGGCUAUCGACUUCCCCACCAUCAAGAUGGCCGCCGACGCCAAGGUUUGGAUUGACUCGGAGGAGGGUUUCCAGACGCUGUCGACUGCGUUCAACUCGACCUCGCGCUUUGCCCGUCUCCAGCACUUCAAGACUGCCCUCGCUGGCCGCACGCUCUACGUCCGCUUCGCCACCUCGACUGGUGACGCCAUGGGCAUGAACAUGAUCUCCAAGGGUACCGAGAAGGCCCUCGAGGUUCUCCAGCACCGCUACCCCGAGAUGGACGUUCUCGCUCUGUCGGGCAACUACUGCACGGACAAGAAGCCUGCUGCUAUCAACUGGAUCGAGGGUCGUGGCAAGAGCGUUGUCGCCGAGGGCAUUGUUCCCGGUCACGUUGUCAAGACUGUGCUCAAGACGACUGUCAAGGAGCUCUGCAACCUGAACAUGAAGAAGAACCUCAUUGGCUCGGCGAUGGCCGGUUCGAUUGGUGGCUUCAACGCGCACGCCUCCAACAUUCUCACCGCCAUCUACCUUGCCUGUGGACAGGACCCGGCCCAGAACGUCGAGUCGUCGAUGUGCAUGACCCUCAUGGAGCCGAUCAACAACGGCGAGGACCUGCUCAUCACCUGCUCGAUGCCCUCGAUCGAGGUCGGCACUGUCGGUGGCGGAACCAUCCUUUCGCCCCAACGCGCCAUGCUCGAGAUGCUCGGUAUUGCUGGCGCGCACCCCACCAGCCCUGGUGCCAACGCCCAGCGCCUUGCCCGCAUCAUUGUGGCCGCCGUCAUGGCUGGCGAGCUGUCGCUCAUGUCUGCGCUCGCUGCCGGUCACCUGAUCCAGGCGCACAUGAAGCACAACCGCUCGGUGCCGGCUACGCCCGGAGCCAUGACGCCGUUUGGUGGUAUGACGCCUGCUCUGCGCGAACAGAGCUUGAUCCAGAACCACCUGGGCUUGUCGCCCAAAAUCAGAUUGUCGCCGACCAAGCUGGUACAGAGUCAUCAGCCGCCGCAAUGAGCGAGCCGAGCGGCGCUAGCCGCGGCGAGCUAGACGGGUUUCCACCUUGGGACGCGUGCGUGUGUGUGUAGGGAGGAGUAGAGUCGUGAGGAGGCUGCCUGCAGGGGUGUGGAGAUUAUACAUAACUAGUAUUGCAUUACAACAUCAGACCGGCCUUAUCAAUGCAUGGAUUUUGACGA